CGGGGCCGCGAUGCAUGGGGGCGGGGCGCGGAGCCGCCGCCGGCCCCGCUGCCGCUCGCUCCUCGUCGGUGCCUCGACGCGAGGCGGGCGUGGGAGCGCUGCACGCGCGGACCGGUCGGUUUCCAUGGUGAUCGCGCGUGGCGGCGGGUACCAGCGGAGCGCCCGACACCCCUUUCUCUCUCAUCUCCCCCGCGCCCCUUCCGCGCGGGGCCAUGUCCCGCGGGCACUGCCCCCACCUGCUGUGGGACGUGCGGAAGCGGAGCCUGGGGCUGGAGGAGCCCGGCCUGCUGCGGAGGCACUACCUGGCCAGCAAAUCAAAGAAGAAACCUCAUAGCAAGUCCACAACGGAAAAUGCAGUUCACAAUGUGUUGGAAGGAAGAUGUGUAUGUAUGAAUGAUAUCUGCAUAGUGAACCAUUCAUUUGGAUAGUGUUGUCAUGAUACAACAUAAAAUAUGGGGAGUAUUGAAGGGAGAAGAGAAUUUAUCCAAAGAUUAAAACUUGAAGCAACCUUGAAUGUGCAUGAUGGAUGUGUGAAUACGAUUUGCUGGAAUGAUACAGGAGAAUAUAUUUUAUCUGGUUCAGAUGACACCAAUCUGGUAAUUAGUAAUCCCUACAGCAGAAAGGUUUUAACAACCAUUCGCUCAGGACACAGGGCCAAUAUUUUUAGUGCAAAAUUUUUACCGUGCACCAAUGACAAACAGAUUGUAUCUUGUUCCGGAGAUGGAGUAAUUUUUUACACUAACGUUGAACAAGAUGCGGAGACCAACAGACAAUGCCAGUAUACGUGCCACUAUGGAACUACCUAUGAGAUUAUGACAGUACCAAAUGAUCCCUAUACUUUCCUCUCUUGUGGUGAAGAUGGCACUGUAAGAUGGUUUGAUACUCGAAUCAAAACAAGUUGCACAAAGGAAGAUUGUAAAGAUGAUAUUUUAAUAAACUGUCGGCGUGCUGCCACUUCUGUUGCUAUUUGUCCACCAAUCCCGUACUAUCUUGCUGUGGGUUGUUCUGAUAGCUCAGUAAGAAUAUAUGAUCGGCGAAUGCUUGGGACAAGAGCAACAGGGAAUUAUGCUGGUAGAGGCACUGUUGGAAUGGUGGCACGUUUUGUUCCUCCUCAUCUCAAUAACAAAUCCUGCAGAGUAACGUCUCUAUGUUAUAGUGAAGAUGGUCAAGAGAUCCUUGUUAGCUACUCUUCAGAUUACAUAUACUUGUUUGAUCCCAAGGAUGACACAGCACGAGAACUUAAAGUUCCUUCUGCUGAAGAAAGACGAGAAGAGUUACGGCAACCUCCUGUUAAACGUUUGAGACUAAGAGGGGAUUGGUCAGAUACUGGACCAAGAGCAAGGCCUGAGAGUGAACGAGAAAGAGAUGGGGAGCAAAGUCCUAAUGUCUCUCUAAUGCAAAGGAUGUCAGACAUGCUGUCAAGGUGGUUUGAAGAAGCUAGUGAGGUUGCACAAAGCAAUCGAGGACGAGGAAGAUCACGGUCCAGAGGUGGGACUAAUCGGACGGAUGCUCCUGCUGCUAAUAACGUGCCGCCUAGUACAGAAUCAGAAACUGCAAUGGAAGUAGAUGGUUCUGAGCAACUUCCAUCAUCUUCCUCUUCUACAAUGUCAGCCCAAGCUCCUUCAACAUCAUCUUCAACAGAAAGUCCCCCUUCAACUUCAUUAUUGUCCUCUCCUGAUAAUGAACAAAGGCCUUCUUUAGGGGCCUCAGCUCAACCUGUGCUCCAUCAGUCUGCCCCUCCCUGUUUGUCAGAGUUAAUGGGACCUGAGUUAGCUAUAAUCCGUAGGGGUCUACAGCGACUGAGGCUUAAGAAGGCAGAACAACAGAGACAGCGAGAGCUAGCUGAGGGUUCAGCGCCACAGUCGUCCUCCUCUGAUCAGUCCUCCUCUAAGGGCUCCUCACAGGACCCUCAGACAUCAGAUUCUCCUUCUUCUGUGGUUAACAAACAGCUUGGAUCCAUGUCACUUGAUGAGCAACAGGAGAGUGAUAAGCCACGAACAGGAACAGGUGAACCAGUUUUGAGUUUGCACUACAGUACAGAAGGAACGACUACAAGCACGAUAAAACUGGACUUCACUGACGAGUGGAGCAGCACAAAUUCAAGCUCUAGAGGGAGUGGAAGUCACUGCAAAACUGAAGGCCAAGAAGACUCUAUAAAAACAAAAGCCUCAGAAGAGUCAGGACCUGAAGAUGAAGAAACAAGAGUUCCUGAUGAAUCUCACAAGGAAGAUGCAAGUGCUGAAGAACAGAAAACUGCAGAUGAAACUGUAGAGAUGACAGAAGCAACUGUGUCAGAUAAACCUGGUCCUGAGCCUUCUGGAAUCCAACCAGAAGAAAAUGGCCCAAGUGCUGAUGCUGUCUCUGGAAAUGUAGAGGAGGAAGCCUCCUGUGAAACAAGUGCGAAUCAAGAAAUUUCAAGUCAAAGUACUGAAUCCACUGCCAACUCGCUUGCUGCAAACGAUGAACCUCAGCCACACCCAGAAUCCUCAGGGCUUGCAACUCCAGACGAGUCCUCUACCAGGACCUCAGCUCUUCAAGAAACUGAUGAUAGUGAUGAUGAUCCUGUUCUAAUCCCAGGGGCAAGGUAUCGAGGAGGACCAGGACACAGAUAUAAUAUCAGAGGAACAGCGAUAGGUGAUAGAAUAAUGAGACGAUCUGCUGUUGCCCGCAUUCAGGAGCUCUUCAGAAGGAGGAAAGAAAGAAAAGAAAUGGAAGAACUGGAAACAUUGAAUAUUAGACGUCCUUUAAUAAAGAUGGUUUAUAAAGGUCAUCGGAACUCUCGAACAAUGAUAAAGGAAGCUAAUUUUUGGGGAUCUAACUUUGUCAUGAGUGGUUCAGACUGUGGCCAUAUUUUUAUAUGGGAUCGACACACUGCUGAACAUCUCAUGCUGCUGGAAGCUGAUAAUCAUGUGGUGAACUGUCUUCAGCCUCAUCCGUUUGACCCAAUUCUGGCCUCUUCGGGUAUUGAUUAUGAUAUAAAAAUUUGGUCGCCGUUGGAAGAAUCCAAGAUUUUUAACAGAAAACUUGCAGAUGAGGUUAUAACACGUAAUGAGUUAAUGCUGGAAGAGACCAGAAACACUAUUACUGUUCCAGCUUCUUUUAUGUUACGAAUGUUGGCUUCGUUGAAUCAUAUAAGAGCAGACCGAUUGGAAGGCGACAGAUCAGAAGGAUCUGGUCAGGAGAAUGAAAAUGAAGAUGAAGAGUAACCGGCAGUUGUGUGCAAGCACCUAGACGUUAAUGGAAUUUGUAUAAGACAUUAAUUAUAUUUUUCCUUACAGAGCUUUAGUGCAAUUCUAAGGUAUUGCUUUUGGAUAACCUAACCUUUUGUUUUUGAAUGACUGUGUGCAUGACUUUGGGAGAGUGUGCAAGUUAAAAUAAGCAAAAAUGUUUUUAAAACAUUUUGCCGUGUAUGAGGGGUGCUAGAAGAUGCAAAGUGCAAUAUUUUCCUUAACCUGCAAAUGUGGGAGCUUGGAUCAAUGUUUUAAAGCAACUUUCAUUAUAGUAAAAACGUUGGUUCAAAUAAAUUUCUAUAUCUGCUGUUUGCAUGUUUGUUGCUUUCUAAUUAAAAGAUUUGGUUGUUUUAA